AUGAGCUCAACAGGAAAACUUAUCUUAGUCACCGGUGCGAGUGGCUUCGUUGCCGCACAUGCUGUCAUUGCGCUGCUGGACGGCGGUUACCAGGUCCGAGGAACUGUCCGAUCCGAGAAGUCAGCCGAGGCAGUUCGGAAAACUUACUCUGCCUACUCGGAUAAGUUUUCUGUGGUGGUUGUUCCUGAUAUGAGCGUUAAAAAUGCCUUUGACGAGGCUGUCAAAGAUAUUCAUGGAGCUCUGCAUAUUGCCAGUCCAUUUACACUCACCAUCAAAGACAAUGAGGCAGAGAUGUUGAUUCCGGCUAUUGAGGGAACCAAGAACUUGUUGGCAUCCGUUGCUGCACAUGCCCCCCAGGCCAAGCGCGUUGUCAUCACUUCGUCUUUUGCCGCCAUGGUCGACUUCUCCAAGGGCUUUUGGCCAGGCCACACGUACAACGAAGCUGAUUGGAACGAAACGACCUACGAUUACGCCAAGACUGCUGACGGGGUGGUGUGUUACUGCGCUUCCAAGGCGUUGGCUGAGAAGGCUGCUUGGAAGUUCAUGAACGAACAAAAGCCUCACUUUGAUCUGACCGUCUUAAAUCCACCCAUGGUCUUUGGUCCCGCCGCUCACGUCGUAUCCUUGUCAGCAAUGAAUACCAGCGCUUGGGAUAUUCAUCGUUUCCUGUCUGGCGAGCUCGAGGAUGUGCCUGAUACAGGCUUUUGGGGGUUCGUUGACGUGCGAGAUCUUGCCACUGCUCAUGUUCGUGCGCUGGAAGUUCCCGAAGCUGGAAAUGAGCGUUUCUUUAUUGUUAGUGGACGCUACAGCUACCAGAAAACGGCCGACGUUUUGCGUGCGUCUCCCCUUAUUGCCGAGGCCGACAAGAAGUUGGUGCCCGUUGGGAAACCGGGGCAAAAUUACCCAGGGCCAGAUAUAUACGAGGUGGAUAACUCAAAGUCAAAGAAGAUUCUUGGCUUAAAGUAUCGCUCGUUUGAGGAGUCUAUUGUUGAUGCAGCGGUCAACAUGAUUGAUGUGCGUAAUAAGGCCGCAUAA